AUGUUGCCGCGUGCUCGAAUAAUGUCUCAGGGCGUCAGAAUCCAGGUGAACCCUCAUGGAAUCGAUGUAGACCUCUAUGUCACGGCAAAUAAUGACAUUCUAUACUUCAAAGACCGCAUUCCUCAACUCACUAAGCUGAUGGCUUCUGUUUCUAAUUCUCAACCAACACCAAUGGUGAAGCUGGAUCCACCGUUGUCCUGGGAGACAAUCUCUCCGACGGAGGAUGUAAACUCCUCCACGGUCUACUGGUCGACAGAAUCCCCUUUCAAUCUCUCAUCAAUUGGACUUGGCAUCGAAAGCAUCCACAUUCCCGAUCCCUCUGCCGACGAAUUCCACAGACCCUGA